AUGAGCCGUCGUGAGUCCAGGCAGACGUGCACACAUUCGACCACUGACAUUGCAAUUCAAGCGACAGACGACGCCUCCGAAUCGGAGAAGGAGCCUCAGAAGCAGGAGGAGGUCUACGACUUCAAUUCGCCCUUCCUCUUUAGCGACAUGGUGCUCCUAGUUGAAGACGAAAAACUCCACUGUCAUCGGGCCAUCCUCUCGCUUUAUUCGCCUGUCUUCAAGGCCAUGUUCCAAUCGCGCUUCGAGGAGACUUCAGCCAAUCAGGUCUCUCUCCCCAAGGACGAAGCUGCGACCGUUCGAGAAUUGCUGCGCCACCUCUACACACCUGGAGGCUGCGAUAUGGACAGUGCAGCCGCACAGCGACUUCUCCCGCUCAUUCAUCGCUUCCAGAUUGAGUCUCUGAUCACGACGGCGGAGCGAACCAUGACAUUCAGCAUGACCGAUUCAAUGGCACCGAAGAUGCUGGCGUUGGCAGAUCUCUACCAGCUGAAUCACCUCAAACAGGCCGCCAUCGACGCCUGCACACGCCUUGACAUGAAUCGCAUGACAGAGGCCCUCGAAGAGACGCCUCUCUCGCCUGAGCUAAAGGCCACCAUUUUCGGAAAACGAGUCUGCCUUCUGGAGAAAGCGAUCUCCGAUAUCGAACGCAGCUUCAGCCAAUCGUGUAUUCGAAUGGAGAGCAAACUGGAGCGGGUUUUCACGAACCACUGUCAGCUACACAAUAAGCCCCUCUCCAACACCACCGUGCCCAUCAGCUUCCAGCUCAACAAUUCCGGCCGUGGCGACGCCGAUCGCCUAGUCAUUCGACCUGUGACUGGGUCCAGUGACAACGGCCAGGCCGCGCCCGAUGCCAGUCGAUUGGCGACGGCGGCAGCGGCGACGCCGCGUCUGACCACACGCAUCCUCCAGUCGCCAGGGGCGACGCGUUCCGCUGAGGUGGAUGCCUCGGCCAGUCAGGAGGACGCGGCUGGCGAGGCCUCCGCUGUGACAACCGCGGUUGUGGAGGUUCCGGCCAUCUGCGAGGGCUGCGUCGACCGCAUCUCCAUGCACAUCAAGGAGAUCUGCCGACGCGCCCUUCACAAGGCGCACUUCGUGCCCUACAAACCGCCUGCCACUGCGCUGGCCAACACACCGCCAACCUAG